AAACACUCUGUUACACUCUCUUCUUCGCUGAUUCAGUGAUUCUAAUUGUUAUCAGUUUGAUUGCACUUUCCGAACUCAGUUCUACUCUUAAUUCAGUAUCAUGGCUAUUAUAACAACAACAAAGAGGACUGAAGGGUUCCGUCGUACAACACCACCAACAUGCAAGUAUUGGCAAGCUGGGAGAUGCAACAGAAAUCCUUGUCAAUUUUCACAUAGCUUACCAACCUCGCCGUCCAAUGUAUACUAUAAUGCCAAUACCACAUAUAAGCAUUCGAAGAUGGCCAGUUCCUCUGCUAAGAAGGCCAUCAAGAAGCCAGAAAAUUGUGCACUAAGGGCUGUUGAGUAUAGACCAGAAGCUAUGUCUGUUGAGAAGCCAACUAAGUGUGAACAAAAGGCUGUUGCAGAUGUGGAAGAUGUGGCCACUGUUGCUAAGUGUGAACAAAAGGCUGUAUUGAUUGAAAAGACUGCAGACGUAGAAGAUGUGACCACUGUGGAUAAAUCACGCAAUAUUUGCAAAGAUUGGAUGACUGACAAUUGUGUGCAUGGUGACUUGUGUCAGAAUUUGCAUUCAUGGUUUUAUGGCGAUGGGUUUUCUACACUUGCAAAGCUUCAUGAACACAACAAGGCAAUCACUGGGAUUGCACUGCCGGCUGGUUCAAACAAACUUAUUUCUGGUAGCACUGACGGCACAGUUCGGGCAUGGGACUGCAACACUGGCCGUUGUGUUCACAUGAUCCAUCUUAAUUCUCAAGUUACCUCACUCAUAUCUGAGGGCCCAUGGAUUUUUGCCGGUGUGAAAAAUGCUGUGAAGGCAUGGAAUAUUCAGACGGGUGCAGAUGUUACUCUUGAUGGACCUAAAGGGCAAGUCCUUUCCUUGAAUGUUGGCAAUGAUAUCCUCCUUGCUGGAGCAGAGGAUGGUGUUAUUUAUGCUUGGAGAUGCAGCUUUGAGUCUCCUUUCAAAAUGGUUGCAACACUAAGUGGUCAUAGUAAACCAGUGGUUUCUCUUGCUAUUGGAUGUCACAAGAUGCUUUAUUCUGGAUCCAUGGACCAUACCAUUAAGGUUUGGGACCUUGAUACAUUACAGUGCACAAUGACACUUAACGGCCAUACCGACGUUGUCACAUCACUUAUUUGCUGGGACAAUUUCUUGUUAUCGGCUUCAUCUGAUUGCACAGUCAAUGUUUGGGUGUGCACUGAGGAGGGAACUCUAGAAGUGACAUACACUCACACUCACGAAAAUGCUGUUCUUGGACUCUAUGGGAUGACUGAUGCAGAGGCCAAGCCAAUAUUGUUCUGCUCGUGCAAAGAUAAUUCAGUUCGUAUGUAUGAAUUGCCGACGUUUCUAGAGAGAGGUCGACUAUUUACAAGACAAGAAGUUCGAUCCUUUGGGAUAGGCCCUGGCGGACUCUUCUUCACUGGAGAUGGGACUGGUUUGCUAAAUGUGUGGAAAUGGUUAGAAGAGCCUAAGGUGCCAACAUAGGAAAAUACAUAAGAUCUUGAGUUACAUGAUGAGUUAUUCUAAUUAUUUUAAUGUGGUGACCUUAUCUUUAUUCUCUGAAUGUAUGAAUUAACUGAGCAUACUUGAUGUUGGGGUUGGGCAUAUUGGUUCUUGAGGUACAAGAAUUUAGAGAAGUAUUAUUGAUUCUUGAAGCAAAAGAAACAGUAAAAUAAAAUAAUAAAAAAAGUCCAAGGCUUUGAGCAUCAAUGGUUAGGAAGGUCAAAAUUGGCCUAAAAAGCUCAAAAGAGUUGUUCUUCCUAACUAUAUGCUUGUGGUGUGAAAGUGUCAAGUAAUUCUUGAGACUGAACAUUUAAGGUCGUGACCCAAAGCUAUUAAAGAGUACGCUUAAGGCUCUGAGCACCACUGUCUGGGAAUUUGAGCAAAGCUAAAUUCGAAUCCAAAGGGUUCCACAGUUAAGUGCUUGUGGUGUUUAUGUAUCAGGUGGUAAUAAAUGAAAACAGAACACUUAGAGUCACGGCUAGGCUCAAAGGUGCAAAGCACCAAAAGAAAUAAAAGCUGUGUUCAAGAAUCAAGAAAAACUUAAAAGAAGAGAGUCAAAAAUAUGAUCCGGAUUCUAAUUCUAAGGGAUACCAAUAUUGCUGAACUUCAAAGGAAAAAGAGAUGCCAAAGCUAUUCAGAAAUAGAGAGUUAGUAGCCCCAUUCAGUAAUUAGACCUAGCUUCAUCUGACAACUCUAACUUUCAAUGUAUAAUGUAACAUUCUAUGUAUUAUACAAUUCUCAAUAAGACCAUCAAUAAAAGUAUGCGUGUUGUUUUAAAUUCUUCAUUUAACUUGUGAAAUUAUAAUAUCGGUUUUGAUUUUUUUUUAAGGAGAAAGAAAGAAAAAAGUGACCAAUUGAAAAACUACAUAAUAAUAGGCAACAUAAUUUUGGACUGUUAGAACUUUUCUGCAGCAUUUAGGUCCCUUGGUAGAACCUGAAAGCAGUACACCCUUACUCUUUUUAAUUACAAGCUUCAAAAAGUUAUUUAUAAGUAUAAACCCUUUUGGUCAUAGGAUAUUUCCAAGAUGGAAAAUUGGACUCUGAAUUGGAAAUGCACUCAAGCUUUAAGUUCAUGGUUGAAAAAAUGUAAGGAUGAAAAUCUUGAGAGUUUGAAUAAACUUUACCGUUUUAAUGAUGAUGAGCAUAAUAAGUCUAAUGUGCCAAUUGAAUUAUUUGAGAAGACACCCAACUUGGAAACAAUGGAAGUAAGCUAUUACUAUGAUGAAACCCUCAAAAAUAUAUUGCCCUCCCAUGAUGAAGCUAGUAAUAAGGAGAUUAUUGGAAACUUAGAAAGAAUUGUACCUCUUCAAAUUAUGUGUGUUGCAAUCCAUCAAUGGGUUAGAAUAGUAUACUUGUCAAAGCAGCUGUCUUGAAUGUCCAAAAUUGAUAACACUAGUACUACAAUCUUCCUCCAAUCUGAAAGAAUUGCACAUAGAAUCAUGUAAGGCA